AUGGCUAACGGUGGUGGUAGUAGUGAUAAUAAGAAGGUACUCCAUGCUGCGGAUGAGGCGGAGAGGGCGGCUAAGGAAAGAAGGCGUGUGAUGGAGGAGAAGAGACGAAAGAUAGCGGCUGAAAAGGAAUUGUCUGAGGAAGACCAGCAACUUAAGAGCCUUCUUGAGAAGCAGGUUGAGACCAUUACUUCAGGGCCAGCGGGUGAUAUUGAAUCGGCUAUCCAAGCUAUUGGGCAGGAGAUGCGGUCAGCGGCGAGCAGUAUGACUUCUGUACCCAAGCCUUUGAAGUUCCUGAGGGCACAUUUCACUGCCUUGGCUGCAGCUUAUGAGACGAUGCCUGAUAGUGGGGUUAGGAAGGAACUGGCAGAUGUCCUUGCAGUUCUCUCUACGACCAUACCACUGGAGAGGUCUCAAGAGAAACAGGCGAAGGCUGGCGAUGAUGAAGGCGUCACUGCUUCGGUGGCCUCCUCUGAGGAAGCACCUAAGGAGGCGGAGAGCAGUGCCAAGGGGGAGCAGUCUUCUGCUAUAGGGCACGUGAAGAAGGGAGCUAGUCUACGAUAUCGAUUGGCUGGUACCAAUGAGGACAUCACUAAGUGGGGCAUGGAGUUUAUGAAGACCAUCUCAGGGGAGAUAGCGACUGAGUACCAGAGUCGCAUGACUGAAGGCAUGGACGUUACUGAGCUCAUAAGGCUGGUGGAUCAAAUAGUCCCGUAUAACAUGAGCCAUAGUGCGGAGACUGAGGCGGUGGACCUCCUGGCUGAGACUGAUGGCAUCGACAAGCUCGCUAAGUUGGUGGAUAGUGUCACGGCUCCGAGGGUCUGCCAGUACUUGGUCGGAUUGGCCCAUUUCGCUGCCAACACGGAGGAGAGGAGGGUGCUUCUCAAUGUGACAUAUCAGAUUUUCACACAAAUGAAGGACCUCCCCAGUGCUCUGAUAAUUGCCAUGAGAAUGAACAAUUUUGGUAGAGUUCGUGAGACUAUGAAGGCUGCCAUUGAUGUGAAGGAGGACAGGUCUAUAGCCCGACAAAUGUGUUAUAUAUAUGCUCGGUCCUCGGGUAGAGCCAGUGGGGGUGCGCUGCAGGCUGCUGAGGAGUUGGGUCUAGACGAGGACGAGGACGCUGAUUUGAUAUCCAUCUUGUCUAACGAAAGCCUCUCUACUACUUACCAUAACCUGGCCAAGGACCUGGAUGUAGUUGAAGCCAAGGCCCCAGAGGACGUGUACAAGACUCACCUCGAGGAGCGUGGGAGGAACCCUGCCACUUCUGUGAUAGACUCGGCUAAGCAGAACCUGGCAUCGACCUACGUCAAUGCCUUGGUGAAUGUGGGCUUUGGUACGGACAAGCUGAUGACUGUGGAAGGCAGUCAAUGGCUUUAUAAAAAUAAGGAUAGAGGCAUGCUGGCAGCGGCGGCAUCAUUAGGCUCUAUCAUGUUGUGGGAUGUGGAUGAGGGUCUCGCACAGAUCGAUAAGUAUCAAUGGUCGGAAAACAUCAACGUGAAGGCCGGCGCCAUGCUGGGCUUCGGCUUGGCCUCGACUGGUGUUACUUCCGACGUUGACCCCGCCUGGGCCCUUCUGGCCGAGCAGUUGGAUAGUAACGAGCCCCUUGUCAAAAUGGCGGCGGUGAUGGGCCUCGGCUUUGCCUAUUCUGGGUCCCGCCGAGAGGACCUUGCCGAGAACCUCACCCCCAUCGUGGUCGACACUGAGGCUGGCUCGCUGGCCCUCUCCGCUUUGGCUUCUGUCUCCUUGGCAUUGGUCUUCGUUGGCACGGGCAACACCGAUAUUAAAGAUAUCAUCAUGGCGACUAUUCAGGAGAGGCAGGAGGUCGGACUGUCAUUGACGGCGCACUUUGGAGGAACUUUGGCCUUGGGCAUCCUCUAUCUACAGUGCGGGUCUGUCCUUCCAGCGGAAGGAGGCGAUAAGGCUAUGCCUGACCGCAGCCCAGUGGAGGAUUUGUUAGAGGAGGUGGAGCAGAGCGUUAAAGAUGAGAAACUCCGGAAGCUCUGCACUGUUGUGGUGAAGUCUUGCGGGUAUGCUGGCAGUGGCGAUGUGCUGAGGGUCCAGGAGCUCCUGCAUUUGUUGGCGGAGACCCCUGACACAAAUAAGCAGGGAGGAGGGGAUAAUGCUGAUGGUCAAGCGGUGGGGACUGAGGACAACUCGCCAGAUGAGGUUGAUGAUGACGUUGGAGGUAGGCCAAUGGAUGAAGUGACGAUGUUACGGUAUGGGUCAGAUGACGCUAAGGCUGCAGCUGAGCGUGCGGCCCGGUACUACCAAGUAGCUGGCGUGCUCGGUAUUGGCCUCAUUGCAUUGGGGGAGGAGAUCGGCACUGAGAUGACCGUACGAGCGAUGGACAAUAUACUACAGUACUGCCCUCCUACCAUCAAGCGAGGAGUGCCCCUCACGUUGGCUAUGUUGUUCGCGAGUAAUCCCAAGUACACUAUCAUAGACACCCUCUCGAGACUGUCCCAUGACGCUGACAAUGAGGUAGCAGAAUGUGCUAUACUAAGCAUGGGUAUUGUUGGCGCCGGUACGAACAACUCUCGUUUGGCUGGUCUGCUUCGUCAACUUGCUGCCUAUUAUGCCAACAGUCCCAACGCCCUCUACGCUACGAGAAUUGCUCAGGGGAUGCUAUAUUGCGGAAAGGGUUUGGUGUCCCUGAGCCCACUUCACAGUGAUCGCUAUCUGAUCAACCCCACCUCCCUUGCCUCUAUGCUGGUAGUCCUCUUCGCUGGUGCUCUCAACAUCGACAAGACCCUCUUCGGUUCACAGUAUCACUUCAUGCUCUACUACCUCGUACCCUGCAUAUACCCGCGUAUGGUGGUCACCCUACUGGAUAAGGAAGACGGCAGCGAGCCCGAGCCUAUCAGUGUGCCGGUUCGAGUCGGCCAAGCUGUCGAUACCACUGGUAUUGCUGGUAAACAGGCGAAGGCCAUCACUGGUUUCCAAACCCAUACUACCCCGGUAUUGUUAUCAUGCACUGACCGUGCCGAGCUAGCGACUGAGGAGUAUAUACCAGUCACCAAGGUUAUCGAGGGAUUUGUUAUCAUCAAGAAGAAUAAAGACUUCAAAGCAGAGGAAUUGGAGGCACCACGAAAGUGAUUCGAACAGGA